UGAAAAUCUUGUCAACUGGUAGUUUCUUUUUACGAAUCAUCAGACCCUGGUAUAAAACGUGGCGUCAUUUCUUCAUUGACUGUCGACACAAUAUUUGCUACUUUCUCAGAUCUUUUGAAUAUUCCAAUCGAUCGAGUUGAACCCCUCAUGGCCCCGCCUCAUAGUGAACACACGGCAUCCGUGACUGUCGCACAUACUGCAUCAGAUCCAAUUCAUGAUCCAGCAGCCAUGCCCGACCCAGAUGAACACCAACCUUUACUGCGCUCGAGUAGCCCAGUCACAGCCUGGAAGCCGCCGAUGGGCUUCCUCUGGAUUCAACUGGCUAUCAUGUCAAAUGUCUUCCUGGGUGGAUUUGACGGCACAAUCACUGCCUCGACCUACGCGGUCAUCAGCUCGGAAUUCAACGCGGCCAACACGGCGUCGUGGCUGACCACCUCGUACCUCAUCACCAGCACUGCUUUUCAGCCGCUGUAUGGUCGAUUCUCUGAUUUGCUUGGGCGUCGGGCUUGUUUCUUUACUGCCACCAUCUCGUUCAUGAUCGGGUGUCUGGGUUGUGCCGUGGCUAGAGAUGUGAUAUUUUUGAAUAUUAUGCGCGCGUUGGCUGGCAUUGGAGGUGGUGGGUUAAUGACUAUGGCAACCAUUAUCAACUCUGAUCUCAUUCCCUUCCGCCAGCGUGGUAUGUACCAGGUGGUCCAGAAUGUUUCGUACGGGUUUGGUGCCAUCUGUGGCGCUUCAUUCGGCGGGAGUAUCGUCGACACCAUCGGAUGGCGCUGGUGUUUCUUGAUUCAAGUUCCAAUCUCAGCUGCUGCUCUAGUCCUGGGGUACUAUGUGCUCAAUUUCCCUGCGAAAGAGGAGCCUGCUCCGGGACAACAGUCCAAGGGAAUCUGGCAGCAAAUCGACCUGCUCGGAUCACUUCUUCUGGUCCUGGCUUUGUCGAGCCAACUUGUGGGCCUGAGUCUUGGCGGAAAUGAACUUCCGUGGAGCAAUAUCUGGGUGAUUCUUUCUCUGGUCGCCAGCGUUGUAUUCCUGGUGGCGUUCUUCGCAGUAGAAGCCACGACAACGGCUGCUCCUCUCAUUCCGUUGAAAAUGCUGCAAGGACUCCAUCCAGUUUCGACUCAGAUUGCCAAUGUUUGUGUUGGCAUGGCUGCAUAUGCCUUUCUCUUCACGCUUCCGCUGCUUUUCCAGGUCAUUCUUCUCGACAGUCCCACCAAGGCUGGUGCUCGUCUUGCGAUCCCAUCUCUCGCCACUCCAUUGGGUGGGCUCAUCGCCGGCGUCGUGAUGUCGCGAUGGGGAAAACUUGCCCAUCUCGUCCGGGCAGGUGCUGGAUUGAUGUGUAUUGGAAACUUGCUGGUUACGCUUUUGCGGUUCCAGGACUCGGAAUGGAAGUACUACGCAUAUAUUAUCCCCGCCAAUCUGGGACAAGGAAUUGUGUAUCCCGGCAUCCUAUUCACCUUUCUCUCCGCAUUCGAUCACUCCGACCACGCUGUCUCCGCUUCAACCGUAUACCUCAUUCGCUCCCUAGGCACCGUUUGGGGUGUCGCCGUCACCUCGGCUAUUAUUCAAAAUACAUUGAGCUCAGGCCUCGGGGAGGCCUUGAGUGGAAUACCAGACAAAUGGAAAGUCAUCGACGAAAUCCGUCACUCGGUUUCGGCAAUCCACGACUUGCCCCCAGAGUUUCAACUCGCCGUCCGACUGGUCUAUUACCGCGGCAUUCGACUGUGUUUCGCGGCGUCUGCUGCAUUCGGAGGCGUGGCGACCGUUGCAGCCCUUUUUACUCGUGGGAAGGGGCUGGAACGUAAAGCUGGGGACUAGACUGAAUGCCAAAGAAUGGUUCGCGAGAUCCCGGUGCAGCUCUUGCGGUGAGGUAAGCCGUGCCGUUCUCGCGAGUUGGUAAGUUGGAUGUUGGCCUGUGGGUCACGCGAGGUCGAGGUUAGCCUCGUUUUCGAGCGAGAUAAAAGUGAAUUAGGGGUUCCUAGUCCCGGCGAUGUCAGUCAUUGCUAUAGGCUAGAAUAUACAAAUUGGCAGGUGGUAUAUAGAUGAUUUGAGAUAGAGAGCGGUACAGUUGAAUAGAUGGUGAAAAAGUGAUAGCGGUCC